AGAGUUAAUACCCUAAAUAGGACUAAAACAAUGAAGAAAUGCAUAAAUAGGACUUCCAUGUUUCAUAGGACUAAUAAUGUAUCGAUGGUACAAAAUUACCCUUACUAACUUUAUGAAUCUAUUUACAAUAAAAAAAAUAAAAAUAAAAAAGCUAUUUAGAACGCUAGGUUCCGCAGCCGCUCCCAACACUCCAAAUGCGGCCAUCACUUCUGGCGCCUCCACUUCCGUCAUCAUCGCCGUCACUUCCAUCGCCGCCGCCGCCGCCGCCAUCACUUCCGGCACCGGCGCCCCCAUCACUCCCGACACCGUCGUCACUCCCGGCACCAUUGCUGGCCCAUCACCGGCGGUUAUGAAAAUGUCACCUUGCUGCAAAAAAAAAUUAUUGACAACAUAAAAACAUAAAUCUGCCAAAAAGUUGACAAAAAUAUAAAUCCAAUAUUCCAAAUCUGUAAAAAUCGGAAUUUUUAUUGAAAUCGGAAAUUUUGUAGAUGAAAAUCUGCCAUCUUGUUACCUUAAAAAUCAAGCUAUAUAUCAGAUUUGCCAUAACAGUGGAAUAAAAAUAAGAAUUUUCUGCCAUAAUAUUAAAUAUUAAUAUGGCAAAUCUACCAAAAUACAAUCGGCAAAUCUGCCAUAAAAUUGGAAAUACAUUCAAAUUGUUGAAAUUCUGCCAUGAUAUCAUAUAAUUGGCAACACUCUCAAAUCAAUGCCAAACUAUAGGUUUUCUGCCAUAACAUUUUACACGAAUCUGCCAAAAAUUUGGCAAAAUAUGAACUCUAUCCAAAAUCGAGAAAAACAUGGUUUUUUUAUGAAACAAUUUUUUUUAUUGAAAUCAGAAAUAUGAACUACGAAAUUAAUGACCAAAAAUCAGAAAAGAGGAUGCUAAAACUCCACAAAGUGAAUCAAAAAAAUCUGCCAAAAAACAACAGAAUAAAAACAAAAAAUCUGCC